AUGCGCCUUUUUUUACUAUGGCAACAGUUGGUUCUACUUGCCAUUGCUGGGCAAGUCCAGAGCCACGUUUCGCCGCGCACGUUCAAGUUCCGGGGCGAAAAAGAAGGUCAAAUUGGCGGGUGCAACGCAGCGGACGUCGAAAUCAUCCUCGAAGAGAUAGAAAUGGCCAAGAAGGCAGCCGAGUUCGCGGCUGAGCAACUCACCAAGUACCCUUUCUUCCAGGCGUUCCAAGAGCCGAAGGCCUUUGGCAAAAAGGAGCUUGAAAACGCGGGCAAGGAGGUCUUCACCCGCAUCGCGGCCAUGCUGGACGGGUUCCACAAGGACGACGGGUUCACCAUCGAAUGCCGCAAUGAGCGUUGCACUGAGAAUGACGCCGACACAGUCGCAAUAAUGUCGACGAAGAAGGACGGGACCCUAGACCCUAUCUUAUCCCUUUGCCAAAAGUUUUUCGAGACCGAUUCGUCGACUCAGAAAAAACUAGAACAGUACAAAAAGGCGAUGGGUAGGAACCGUAAUUAUGUGGAGAGAUGGUCCGGAACUAUCAACAUGCAGGACCUCAGUCACACAAGGUCCGUUGUAAUCAUGCAUGAGCUUACCCACACAACCUAUGUGGCAACGCCAAUCAAGGAGCUGCUUGGUCGAAAAGAUGAGGAAGACAUAUUUAUGACCAAAGACUAUUACUAUGAUGCACUAGACUGCUACAGGAUGGCCCGAGGCUAUCACGAUGUGUUCACCAAAAUUCUGAAGAGCCCAGAGCGGGUGAGGGGGGCACGGAAGGCUGCCGAGAACGCAGAGAGCUGGGCCCUCAUCGCCUCGGGCAUGUAUAUGUCAAAACAGUUGAGGAUCAAGCAAAUCCCUAUUCAAGGCAUCGCAGAUUGGAUGUGGGAAGACACUCGCAUAGGCGCUCAGUAA